AGUGGCCAAGUCCCUGUCUCUCUGAUUGGAGACUUGCUCGGAGUCAGCAGUGGUGCUGGAACCAGGUGCUAGGCAAGGAGCAGAUAAAGACCCUGGAGCACCAGCUGUGAAGGGACAGAGAGCCAAACCGAUCCUCCAUGAAGUGCACCCACAAGAUGGACAGGCCAUGCAGAACCCAUAGCUGGAAGGUCUCCUGGCAGAUGCUGCUCUUAGCAGCCUCCAUCCUGAGUUCCAGCUUCCUGUUGACUCGAGGCCAGGAGAGAAUUGGAAAAAGUAUCAGAGUUGUUCCAGAAGUGCUGAAAGAAGGAGUUCGUGUCACCUUGACAUCAGAAGGUUUAGAUCUGAAGAAGCUUCGUAGCUGCAAAUGGUACCGAGGGGCAACUGAAGAAAGAAACAUUAUUAUUACCUUUUUCCUAGGUCCAGUUUAUGGUCAGAACCCUGGACCUGCCUUCACUAACAGGGAAACUGUGAACCCAGAUUGCUCCCUUCGCAUCACAGAUUUAAAGCUAAGUGACUCUGGAACCUAUUCAUUUAAAUCAGAAGGUAUUGGGGUUAUCAACACAGGGACUACAAACAUCACCGUUUCAGAAAUCCUCUCCAGCCCAGUCCUGCAGCUGACAGAAUCCCAGAGAACACAGCUGUCACCUUACGAUGAUGAUGAUGAUGAUGAUGAUGGAAUAGGACAUCCCUAGUUUCAACAGGGAUGUGGGUGGUGCUGUGGGUUAAACCACUGCGCCGCUUAGUUUAUCUGGCAGGGGGGGAAACCUAGAAUCAAGUUUAAAAUGUUAACGGAUGUGAAAGAAAGAGGUGGUUUCUUCCUGCCAGAUCUAAAGAUAUAUUUUGACACUGCAGCUUUUUGUUGGAUGAAAGAAUGGUUUAUGUUGGAAAAUGCUGAUUUAUUAGAUUUGGGAGGGUUUGAUAAUGUGCUUGGGUGGCAUGCAUAUUUAUGGUAUGACAAAAUAAAGGCCCACAGAUUUAAAAAUCAUAUAAUAAGACAAUAAUUGUAUAAUGUUUAGAUCAGAUAUAAAGAUUUGUUAGAAAGGAAAACACCCAGGUUGAUAUCACCUUUGGAGGCUAAGGCCCAUAAAAGAUUGAAUAUGGAAACCCAAUGGUUGAAAUAUAGUGAUUUGCUGAUACAAGUUGAUGAUAAAUUUAAAUUAAAUUUAAAUUAAAGUCAUCAGCUUAAAAGAUACGUUAGAUGAUUGGUUACAGUAUCAUCAGAUUAAUGAAAUGUUUAGGGUGGAUAAGAAAAAUACAGGUUUUCAAACAGAUAAAUCCAAACUGGAAAUGGCAUUGUUGGAGAGAAGUACAAAAAAAUCUUUCUAAGAUGUAUAAUUUGUUGCUGGAGUGGCAUACGAAAGAUGAACAAGUGAAAUCAGUAAUGACUGAAUGGGCAAGAGAUGUGGGGCACAAUAUAAUGCUAAAGGAUUGGGAGAGUGUGGGAAGGACUUAAAUUUACUGCAUGUACUACUUUGAAAGAGAACAUGAUGAAAAUGAUGUUGUUGUUGUUUAGUCGUUUAGUCGUGUCCGACUCUUCGUGACCCCAUGGACCAUAGCACGCCAGGCACUCCUGUCUUCCACUGCCUCCCGCAGUUUGGUCAAACUCAUGUUCGUAGCUUCGAGAACACUGUCCAACCAUCUCGUCCUCUGUCGUCCCCUUCUCCUAGUGCCCUCAAUCUUUCCCAACAUCAGGGUCUUUUCCAAGGAUUCUUCUCUUCUCAUGAGGUGGCCAAAGUAUUGGAGCCUCAGCUUCACGAUCUGUCCUUCCAGGGAGCACUCAGGGCUGAUUUCCUUAAGAAUGGAUAGGUUUGAUCUUCUUGCAGUCCAUGGGAUUCUCAAGAGUCUCCUCCAGCACCAUAAUUCAAAAGCAUCAAUUCUUCGGCGAUCAGCCUUCUUUAUGGUCCAGCUCUCACUUCCAUACAUCACUACUGGGAAAACCAUAGCUUUAACUAUACGGACCUUUGUCGGCAAGGUGAUGUCUCUGCUUUUUAAGAUGCUGUCUAGGUUUGUCAUUGCUUUUCUCCCAAGAAGCAGGCAACUUUUAAUUUCGUGACUGCUGUCACCAUCUGCAGUGAUCAAGGAGCCCAAGAAAGUAAAAUCUCUCACUGCCUUCAUUUCUUCCCCUUCUAUUUGCCAGGAGGUGAUGGGACCAGUGGCCAUGAUCUUGGUUUUUUUGAUGUUGAGCUUCAGACCAUAUUUUGC